AUGGCUAUCGGCAAGGCUAUCACGAAGUUCGGCUCGAUGUUCCUUUAUGGACUCGAGUUCUGUUGCGCAGCCCUCAUUCUUGGCGUCUUCUCGUACUUCAUGGCCGUUCAGGCUGAUCGCGACGUUACCAUCCCGAGAUGGCAGCAGGCCGUGACUGGCAUGGCGGGUGUUGGUGUGCUCUACACCCUCUUGGCUAUCGUCUUUGUCUGCUGCCUCGGCGGAAAGACGUUCUUCGCCUUCAUUGGUGUUCUCAUGGACCUGCUCCUCUGUGGUGCCUUCGUCGCUAUCGCUGUCCUUACCCGCAGGGGUGCGCACAGCUGCAGUGGAUUUGUCAACACUCCUCUUGGUAACGGUGAUUCUUCUUUGAAGGGAGGAUGGGAGGGCCAGGCUACCUACGCGGUCUCGCUUAAAACAGCCUGCCUCUUGACCACUGCUUGUUUUGCUGUCGCUAUUGCCGGAGCUGUCCUCUUCUUCAUCUCCGCCAUCCUUCAGGUCCUCAUGGCCAAGUCGAGCAAGAAGGAGAAACGCUACGGCCCUGGACCCAACAACAACUACACCAGCGGAGCCGGCGAGAAGAAGUUCUGGCAGCGCAAGAAGGCCGUCCGUGACCCCGAGAUUGGUGCUACCACCACUACUACUCCUACCCACCAUGCUGCUGUUUCUCACAACGUCCGCCCAUCGCACGACACUGCAUACACUGGUACUACCGUCGAAGCUCCUCACGGCGCCUACGAGAACCCGAACAAGCCCGUUGUACCAGUCACAGGUGGUUACCACACUGCUCCCUUGGUCAACAACACUUUCGACCCUACUCCUACUCAUCACACCUACAACUCUACCCCUGCGCACCACACCUACAACAACUCUAACCCUACUCACACCACACCGGCCACCAACUACUAA